ACGUCACAGCAUUCAGUGCGCCGGAUACAGUUCACAACUGUCAUGAUUCAGAAUGUCAGUGAAAAGACACAUGGAUUAAGAUUUUUAGUUUAGUUAGUUUUAUACGCCAUGUGAGGCAAAUUGUAUAUUUGUUUGUAUUCUGUAGACCGACUUAGGUAUACGAUUAAGGAAAGGAGAGAAAAACAAAGGUGACCGUCAUUGUUACAUUCAUUGCGAUGAAGUACGUUAACGUUAACUGCAUUUAUAGGAGGACAUAAACAAAACAUACACAAUUAUGUUAAGGGACAGCUCUGGGAAGGAUCUUUUCAUUUUUUAAAGACAAAAUAAAAUACACCACGACCUCGCAUACAGGACGAUGGCAAACAAAUACAGAUUGUUUUUUCUUAGAUCAGCCCAGCAGGUAUUGAGAUGUCUGUAUAGCAGAAGAUCAGCACCCUCCAUCAAUCAUAUUUAUUUUGCAAAACCAUCUCUACCUCCAAAUUCAUUUGCAUGGGCUCAUAACUUCUCCAGAAACUGCUCUACUUACUCUUCAGGUCAAAGCAGCUUUUCACUGAGAAGCCACACAUGUGGAGAAUUGUGUUCCAGUAAUAUAGAUGAAGAGGUCACUUUAUGUGGCUGGAUUCAGUACUUGAGGCAAGAUCUUUUUGUGAUCUUGAGAGACUUCAGUGGAUUGGUGCAAAUUCUUAUCCCACAGGAUGAGUCCAAGUCUGAAUUGAAGAAUGCAUUUCUUGGUCUCACUGUGGAGUCUGUUAUCAUGGUUAAAGGAAGGGUCAGGCGUAGACCAGAGGGACAGGAGAAUAAGAAAAUGUCCACAGGAGAAAUUGAGGUCUGUGCUGAGAGCAUGGAAGUGUUGAAUACUUCCCGAAAGCUGCCGUUUGAAAUUAAAGAAUUUGUCAAAAAAUCCGAAGUCCUCCGGAUGCAGUAUCGUUAUCUUGAUCUCCGGUCGCCCAGGAUGCAGUACAAUUUAAGACUGAGAUCACAAAUGGUGAUGAAAAUGAGGGAGUACCUUUGCAAUUUGCAUGGAUUUGUGGAUGUGGAAACACCGACAUUGUUUAAGAGAACUCCAGGGGGUGCCAAAGAGUUUGUGGUGCCAUCUGGAGACCCUGGGAAGUUCUACUCUCUUCCACAGAGCCCACAGCAGUUCAAACAGCUUCUUAUGGUGGCUGGCAUAGACCGGUACUUUCAGCUCGCUCGCUGCUACAGAGACGAGGGCUCCAAGCCUGACAGACAGCCUGAAUUCACACAGGUGGAUAUUGAAAUAUCCUUUGUAGACCAGGCGGGAGUCAUGAGUUUGAUUGAAGGCUUGGUGCAUUACUCCUGGCCAGAGGACAAAGGACAGAUUAAUGUUCCUUUUCCCUCCAUGACUUAUGAGGAAGCCAUGAGAGACUACGGAGUUGACAAACCAGACACUAGAUUUGGAAUGAAGCUUGUGGAUAUCACCACAGCAUUCCAGGGAACACAAAUUGACUUCAUCAAAGAUGCACUUCUUAAACCAGGUGGCUGCAUUCAGGCCAUCUGCGUCCCAGAAGGAACGAAACACCUGAAGGGCAAAGACUUCGAUUUGCUGAAACAAACAGCCAAGACACAGUAUGCGCAGGAGGUGAGUGUGGCUUCAGUAAGGGCAGAUGGUUCACUGAAAUCUCCUCUCAGCCGGCUGCUUUCGGACACGGCCAAACAGCAGCUGCUCCAGAUGGCCCAGGCCAGUGCUGGAGACCUGAUCUUCAUCACAGCCGGACCCCGGGAGAACGUGCGCCCUCUGUUGGGGAAGCUGAGACUGCAGUGCGCGGAGCUGCUUGAGCGCUGUGGCGUGUCUGUUCGUGACCCAUCUGUCUUUCACUUCUUGUGGGUGGUGGACUUUCCACUCUUCUUACCCAAAGAGGACGAUCCAGAGAUGCUUGAGUCUGCCCACCAUCCCUUCACUGCUCCAGUGCCCGAAGACACCCAUCUGCUCUACACUCAACCCCACAAGGUGCGUGGCCAGCAUUACGACUUGGUACUGAAUGGCUGUGAGAUCGGAGGAGGUUCGAUUCGCAUCCACAAUGCCUCUCAGCAGCUGUACAUCCUGGACACCAUUCUCAGGGAGGACCCAUCACUUCUUGCUCAUUUAUUGGAGGCUCUGGACUCCGGGGCCCCUCCUCAUGGUGGAAUCGCAUUAGGGCUAGAUCGACUGGUGUCCAUUAUUGUAGGCGCUCCCAGUAUCAGAGACGUAAUCGCUUUUCCAAAAUCCUUCAGAGGUCACGACCUCAUGAGUCAUGCUCCAGACUUCGUCUCUGAAGAAGACCUGAAGCCGUACCAUAUUUCUGUAGUCUGGCCUAGCGCAGACCCAGAGGGACAGCAGGACAACUCUGUGUAAACUCUAAAAUCUGUGUUAAUAUGCGUAUGAUGUUCCGUUUGCGUGAGGAUGCAAAACAGUUUGUGAUUUCCAUCGGCACCGUACGGUCGCCAUCUGUGUCCUCGCCUUGUGACGGACUUCAGAGCAGAAGCAGCAGGAUCACUUACUGUCCUGAGAGAAUUGAGCACCAUCUUCUGAGUGAAAGUGGCAUCUGUGUCCCCCACAUCAACAGACACUUUCUUCUGCCUGUUUCAAACGGACAAGUCAUGGACUUUCUUACCAUAUACAUGAUCUGUAAUUUGUGUUUUCAACUGCAUUUUUUUUAUUCCAUCAGUUCCAGUGAAAAAUAGGUGGCUUGUGAGUUUCCAUUAGGGGGCAGCGUUGAUCCACUGCAACUGUUCCCACCACCCCCCCCCCCCCCCCCCCCCCGACAUGCCCUGCGGUGAAGUCAGCAUGCACCACAUCCUACAUUUUUUUUUUCCACCAGCAGACAUACCUAAUAAAGCUACAUUUCAGUUUCUCUCAGCGAUGCCUUAUCUGCAAAAGCAGAUGCUCAUUUUUCAUGCCCAGGUACAACUACUCAUUACAGCCGGUGUUGUUUUAAAGCAGACCUGCGAGUUGGCUGCCAGGCUGUGAACACAGUUCUGUGUAAGACAUGCAGUUUUUGCUGUUCUUCCAAUGACAUUUCCUUAAGUACCCACUCUUUGCCUAUUUACAUGACUAUGUUUACGUGGAAGUACCUGCCUACAUUCAGUAGAUGUUUCCAUUAGUGCUUAAGAGACAAUUGCUAUACUGAACCUUUGUUGAUUGAUAUAGAUCUCUUUAUUAAUGUUUUAUAAAUGCAACAAAUUCAGUUUUAAAGGCAGUUUUUAAAUUCUGGUUUGGGCUUUUAUCCUUUUUCCUCUUAAAAAGGGAUGAUUCACCCAAACAUGAACAUUCUGUUGCAGACUGGCUUGAUUUUACUUAUGUAGAGCACAAAAGAAGAUAUUUUCAAAUACAUGUUUUUUUUUUUUUUUUUUUUUUGUCCAUAGUUUUUUUUUUUUCACUUUUCAGAAUGAUCUUCUUUUGUGUUCUACAGAAAAAUGAAAUGUGUACCAUCAGCAGCAAAAACAGUUACCUGGAAAAGCACAGAAAAUAAUUUUUCAGUUUCAGACGGCUGAAAUCAUUGACCAAAACCAUAAGGUUUAUUUAGCGCUUCUCCGUUUUGACCACGUCAGCGUCUAUCUCGUACGCACUGUGCAUUACCUGAAACAGGUAUAUACCUCAGAAGUGUGCACUAAUCGUGCCUAAACUGUGCCACAUUUAUUUAAUGUUAAUUUUAUAUAUAUUCGAUUUAUAUUUUAUUUAAUAAAAACAUAUGUAAAUAAGCAGCUGUAGUCUUUUUUCUGUUAAACAGACUGCCAGCCUAUUUCUUUUUUUCACAACCCUGCAGCUACUCCAGCCGUUUUAUUUUGCUGUCUGAAAUAAAAUGAUUUCCAAAUAUCA